AUGGCGUCGGAGGGCGACUUGGGCAGGAAGUGGGACCGGUGCUUGGCUGACUCCGCCGUCAAGCUGGGUGCUGGCUUUGGGUUGGGCGUCGUCUUCUCGGUCAUCUUCUUCAAAAGGAAGACGUGGCCCAUCACUCUUGGGUCUGGAAUAGGCUUAGGAAUGGCUUAUUCAAACUGCCAGCAUGACUUCCGGUCUCCUUACCUUCUCCACGGGCGGUUUGUCAAGGAGCAAUGA